AUGUGUACGGCCACGACUGUGGACAGCACAGACGAGCAGAAGCAGGAGUCGUCUGUGAGGAAGAGAGUGCUGUCUGGCGUGCAGCCGACUGGAAAUCUACAUCUCGGAAACUAUCUGGGCGCUAUCAGGCAGUGGGUGAAGAACCAGGACGAGUAUGAGAACUACUUCUGUGUCGUCGACCUCCAUGCUAUCACAGCUCCGCACGUCCCCUCGGAGCUCCAGAAAUCCUCGCUGGACAUUGCUGCGCUCUACCUCGCUUCCGGCAUCGACCCCGCCAAGUCCAAAGUCUUCAUCCAGAGCCAUGUGCCGGCUCAUGCGGAGCUGUGCUGGCUGCUGAACUGCGUGACGCCGAUGAACUGGAUGGAGAAGAUGAUCCAGUACAAGGAAAAGGCGAAGAAGCAGGGAGAGUCUGUUUCCAUCGGCCUCUUCGACUACCCCAUCCUCAUGGCCGCAGACAUCUUGCUGUACCAGGCGCAGCUCGUGCCUGUCGGUGAAGACCAGAGGCAGCACUUGGAGCUCGCGCGAGACAUCGCGAGGAGGUUCAACGACCAGUACUGCAAGAAGAAGAGCAUGCCAGCCAAGGGGAGGAGAGUGUUCCGAGAGCCUGAGGCGUUGAUAGUCAAGGAAGGAGCUCGCGUCAUGAGCUUGCAGGACGGGACCUCCAAGAUGAGCAAGAGUGACCCAUCCGACCUCUCCCGCAUUAACUUGCUUGAUCCUCCUGAGGUGAUCGGAGGGAGAAUUGAGUGGGAUAACCCUGAACGACCUGAGUGCACCAACCUCCUAAACAUUUACCAGUCCGUCACCGGCAAGAGCAAAGAGGACAUCUUGUCGGAGGUUCAGCACAUGCAGUGGGGGCAGUUCAAGCCCCUGCUGAGCGAGGCUGUGAUCGCGCAUCUCGCGCCCAUCCAGGUGAAGUACAAGGACCUGAUGGAGGAUCAGACUUACCUCAAGCAAGUGCUCCUGGACGGUGCAAACUCAGCGGACUUGAUUGCUGGACAGACAUUAUCAUGGACGAAGAAUGCCAUGGGAUUUACAAGCAAAUCGGAUUUGAUGUGA